AUGCCUCCAGAUCGAGGCCGCGCCUCCCGAGCGUGCGUUUCAUGCAGGAAACAAAAGACUAGGUGCUAUGAGCCUAGUCUCCCCGGGAAAGCAUGUUUACGAUGCGAAAGACUUCACCAGAAAUGUUCUCUAACGCAAGUUUCCGAACAAAUCCAGGAUGAAGAGCCAUCGACUCCACUUUCGGGGACAGAUGCACGACUGGAAAAAUUGGAAAAAACAAUGGCAGCUCUCCUCGAUCGUUUAGGAGAGGGUCCAUCAGCUCCCGAUGAUCAAGAGUCCAGCAGAGCAAGCGCACUGACGACACCGGAAGCUGGAGAAGCCGCGUACAAAGACACGGAAUCUUCCGCCCCUGUCAUGGUCAUCCGGGAUUUGGCUACGGACACAGGGCUUAAAUCUGCACCAGAUACGCGAUCUCUCGAGACCGUUUUGAAUGAUCUUAUUGCCCCCGAUCUAGCUUUAACUCUUGUCACAAUUUUUCUUGAGUACUAUGGACGCUGGAUCCUGUAUGACCCAGAAGGCGAUCCGGGUGCUCUCUUGCCCCGUGUGAAAAAAUCACCCCUGCUUUUUUGCGCGUGUUGUUUGAUCGCUGUGCGGCAUACGUCCGAAGAAUUAGCAGCAACUCUGGCCCCUAGGCUUUAUGAGUGCGCUCGGUCUUUUGUUUCGAGUACAAUUCUGGUCGCCCCGCAGUGUAUUGAGUUCUUCCAGGCAACUCUUAUUCUUUGCAUGUGGUCUACGACUGUAGGCCAGGUGCCCUUGAGUAUCGAUACAUGGCUUUUGAGUGGGUUUGCCCUCCAGCAUAGUCAAUCAAGCCCCUUAUUUGCCGCAGUGACCUCUCAAUCUCUACCAUCGAUUAAAAUGGAUGAGAAGACUCUGGAUCGCUGCUGCCUAUGGAACCAUCUUUGCCUGGCACAUUUGCAUUAUUGUGUGGGCACAAGUCGCAGAUCUAUGCUGCAAGCCUGGCAAAUUGAGCGGUGUCGGAGUAUUAUUGAUUCCGACCAUGCGACUAACUUUGAAGUACGAAUGGUUGCUGAGAUAAACCUCUAUUGGAUCGUCUACGGACGGUUGAUUGAAGAAUCGGUGGAUUUACUCAAGUCGGUUUCUGAAUUGCAGACAUGGAAGAGACAAUGGGAAUUUGUGAUUGAGCAACCGAGAUCUCAGUUCUUGUUGAUGGGGUUCCACUUCUCCAAUCUCCUGCUCUACGAGCAUGCUUUAAAAUCCAAAACUGCUCGUGCUCAAGAGUCGGUCGUAUCGGAAAUGGUCCGCCACUCUACAGCUAUCGUGCACCUAGCUAUGGACACAGUGGAUGAACGUACGCGACACCUGACUGAUCACAUCUACCAUAUGAUCACAUUCGCAGCAAUUGUUCUUUGUCGGUUGCUCAACAAAUAUGAGAAUCAAGUGAGCAUGACAUGUAAUCCUCAAGAGUUGGAUGAUCUCAUCCAAAGUCUUGUUGAUUGGCUACAUUGCAUAGGUCUACCCUGCCAUGCUGCCCACGCUUUGGGUAAUAUCAUAUCUAAAGUGCAGCAGAAAUUACGUCCUCGGGUUGAAAUUCUGCCAGAGCCAAUAGAGUUCCCGGAAGAGAGCUUCAAUAACUACUUCUUCCCGGAGUUUUUGGGGCUUGGCCCUUCAAAUGAUGGGAAUUGGGAUUUAUUGCCAGAUUUGGGUUUCUUCCAACAAAGUCCUUCGAAUACUUGA